AUGAAGCUGAUUACAUUUAUUUCGUUAUUGUGUGCAUUUAUUAUCGCAAAGGACACUAAAGAGAAAUACAAGGACAAUCAUUUAUAUCUACAUCUAUUAGCUCAUACUCAUGAUGAUGUUGGCUGGCUUAAAACUGUCGAUCAAUACUAUACAGGAACAAACACUUCCUAGUAAAUGGCUUUUGUUGAGAUGAUAUUGGAUACUACUAUUGAGGAAUUAAUCAAUGAUCCUACAAAGAAAUUCACAUAUGUAGAGAUGAAAUUCUUUUCAAUGUGGUGGAACGAUCAAACUAAAGACCUACAAGAUCAAGUUAGAUAGCUAGUAAAAGAGGGUAGAUUAGAAUUUGUAAAUGCAGGUUGGUCAAUGCAUGAUGAAGCUUGCACUCAUUACGAGGACAUGUUGGAUAAUAUGAUGAAAGGCCAGAAAUUCCUUUGGGAUUAAUUCUAGUACAAGCCAAGAAUUGGAUGGUAAAUUGAUCCAUUUGGGCAUUCAAACACAAAUGGCAGACUCUUCGCUGAAAUGGGAUUUGAUGCCGUGUUUGUUGCUAGAGCUGAUUAUUAAGAUAAGCAGAAGAGACUUAAGGAGAAGACAAUGGAAUACCUAUGGCGACCUAGCUUUAAGCAUUUAGGCAAGUCUAGUCAGAUAUUCAUGCAUACUAUGUUUGACAGUUAUUGCGCUCCUCCUUAUGCGUCAUUUGACAACCUAGAUUUUGGCAAUCAACCUGGAGACAAUGAUGCUUUUGUUGAUGAUGUAGAUCUUGAAACUUAUAAUGCAGAUUUCUUAGCUUAGAAGUUCUUGGACUAUGUUGUAAAUAUAAGCACUUAGUAUAGAACCAAUCAUCUACUUAUUCCGAUGGGUUGUGAUUUCCAGUUCUCAAAUGCUCAUAGAAACUUUUACAACAUCGAUAAGCUAAUGAAUUAUAUCAACAACAAGUACGAUAAUGUAACUUUGAUGUAUACCACUCCUGGAAACUACUUAGACACUCUGAUUUCAUUGGAUUUGAGUUGGUCAGUAAGAUACGAUGAUAUCUUCCCUUACGCAGAUAUCCCUGAGGACUAUUGGAGUGGCUAUUUCUCUUCAAGGCCUGGGUCAAAAACUCAGGUUAGAUAAGGAUCAGCUCUGAUGCACUCAUUUUUCAAGCACUAUUCUUAUCAAAUGUUAAAUCUGUAAACCUCUCAAGAUCAAAUCUUAUCUAUCCUUGCUGCUAGGGAGAAAUUCCUAGAUACCAUGGGAGUAUAUUAGCAUCAUGAUGCUAUCACAGGCACUGAGAAACAACAUGUGGCAAAUGAUUAUAACUUAAAACUAGUCAGAGCAAUCAAUCAGAAUAAAGUGGAAAUGAAUAAAAUAGCCUAGUAAAUGGCCAUGAAAAUAGCUAAGAUAGACUCAAACAAUUGGGACAUCUGCAAUAUGAUGAACUAGACCUAUCUAGAAUGCCCAAACAAGAACUAUGCUAAUACCACAUUCAUCGUAAUUGUUGAUAAUCCAUCUACACAUCCUCAGCACUAUGUCAAAGUAAAAGUUCCUCACAAAAAGUUUAUAGCUUAAAUGUGGGAUCAAACAUCAAAUUCAUUCAAGUCUGUUAAUUCAGUGGCUCUUUGCCAUAGCUACAUAAAUGAAGAUUACUCUGUAACCUAGGAUUGCGACUUAAUCAUUGAGGCAACUAUUGAUGGACUUAAUUCUGAAAUUCUCUAAAUUUCCUAUGAUUUUAGCUAAGACAAACCUAAAGAUCAUAAAAAGACAGAUGAGAUUCGUAAUUCUACCUAAGUUAAGGACAAUCUUGGUAGAUUCGACUACCUCGGCUACUCUUAAAGAGGUGCCUUGCUAAAAUUAUACCUUAAAAAUGGAGCGUACCAGUAUAUUAGUGUGGAUGUCAGAUAUUACUAGUCUGAUGAAGGCGGAGAUAACUAUGAAGGAUCUGAUAAUGUUCCCAGUGGUGCUUAUAUUUUUAAGCCAGCUAAAGAUCAGCAACAGUCACUUUAGUAUUUCUAAAUAAAGCCAGAACCUAUAACAGAUACUAGGAAUGAGUUCAUGCAAGAAACUGUCUUUUACUUUGAUGAUUCUACUCCAAGUAAGAGAAAGGGUAGAUUGAUAAUUAGAGCAUAUGAGCAAUCCCCAAUGCUAGAAGUAGAACUUCAUUUAACUCCUAUUCAACCAGAGAGUGAUGGCAAAGGUGGAAAAGAGAUUACGGUAAACUUCUUCGCAUUUGAUUUCACAAAUACCGGGGAUAAGUUCUACACAGACUCAAACGCUCUAGAGAUGCUCGAAAGAAUCAAAGACUUCAGACCAGAUUGGGAACUCUAGACUCAUUAGCAAGUAUCAUCAAACUACUAUCCUAUUAAUCAAGCUAUUUCUAUGAUUGAUGAGGAUAAAGAUCUUAAGUUUACUGUUUUAAAUGAUAGAUCACAAGGUGGUUCUGUUGUCUAAAAAGGCAGAGUAGAAUUUAUGCAACUAAGGAGAUUGUUUGUUGACGAUAAGAGAGGUGUAGAUGAACCUCUAAGUGAGAAAGGCUUAACAGGAAACGGUAUAUCAUCGAUAGCCACCUAUUACAUGCAACUCUUUAAAAGAAGUGAUGAAGAAUCUUUUUAGAGAUUCUAAGGACUUUCUAUUGAUGAACCUCUUUAACUUUAUUAUACAAACAAAUGGAGUCAAGCUCAGUUUCCCAAGAAUGAUAAUGUGACUAGAGUCAUAGUUUCAGAUAGUGAAACUACAAUAGGAGUCAAUGAGGAUUUCUUGAGAGAAAAUAUUAAAUUCAAGGAUGUGGUUGUACCUUAUAAAUUACAAUUAUUCCCAGAGGAUAAAUUGUAAAUUAUGAUCAGAAUAGAAAACCUUGCAGAUCUAUAUGAUUAUCCUGAUGGCACUACAUUGGACUAAACCACCAUUUAUAUUGACAUUACCAAAGUAGCAUCUGAUCUAUUCUCAAGAGUAAAUGGAGAUUUAUCUUAAUUUGACAAAUGCGAUAUCACAGAAAUAGAAAGUAGUGGGGUAAUAAGUUAAAAAGACAUGCUAAACAAGAAGGUUUAAUGGAAAGGUGAUGAUGAUGACAAAAUCAAGCCACCUGUAAUUCCUUAAGAUUAGUCUUCAGAUGUGAUAGCUCUAAGUGCUCAAAGAAUUAGAACUUUCAGAUUUGUCUACAAAGUUAAGCAAACAUUAUCAAGUAUUAUUUGA